AUGCAGUUACGAUUUGUGGGUCGCAGAGUCGCUGAUGCGUCCAGCGAUUCAGUAAUGGAAGAUCCAACCGAGCACGUCGUCACUCAAUUGACUCAUAUCAUUAUUGAUUGUUCGUCAAUUCCUUAUGUGGACUUGAUGGGCAAAGAUGCUCUUGCUCAAACGUAUGCCGACUACUCGACGAUCGACAUUACCGUACUCAUGGCAAACUGCAAA